UUGUACAUACGGUGGUAACUUGAAAAACAGUAAACGAGACUGAAAUCGCCGAUUAUGCUUUUAUUUCUGGUUUAUUGUGGAUGGUAACGCGGACAAAUCUACCACCUACACACACACCAUGACGGAUACUAGUCUGGACUAAAUCUUUGGCAACGAUCUACAAACAGAUUGGGUUUCAUUUGUGGCUUCUUAGUUUAGAUUGAACUAUGAACUAAUAUACGUAGAAAGCAGCUUGGCUUCGCUCGGUGGUAUAAACCCUAUGGUGCUUUACCGUGCUGUCCGGUUUAGUGGAGAUCCUGAGGUGUUUCUUGAGUUUGUAUUGGUUGGGCCGAGUCAGUCACCAUGUUGUUUUAGAACUCCUCGCACCUUUCCACAUUUUGUUUGCACGACAUUUAUUCAUUGCAACAUAAGUUGUUUUCUUGGUGGUGGAACAUGGAGGAAGGAGGUGGUUAGAAUCGCGUUCGACACCCCCCCCCCCCCCCAACCCAGGCGCUAACAACAGCUGAAAAUGUCAUAAAUGGUUGACCUAAACUUCAACAUUUCCUGGAACAUGGUGGGAAACUACCUUCAACAAGUACAAGAGGUCAAGUUCAAGACUGACUCAGAGACAGAGAAAGGUGCAGAUACAAAAAGGUUUUUCGACUGCAAGAUCGACUAUCUUAUCUAGGAUUAGACAACUUGUAUACAACACGGGUCAAGAAACGAUGAGCUGUUGAACUUGAACCACGUCAGAAGGAUGGGAUGGAGGUGAUUCAUGUACCGUGUGGUGCUGUAAACGUCAACAUCAAUGCACGUGAGAACGAGGUUGAGUGUAGCAAUACAUCUGUGGUGAAGCCAAGUAGAGUCCGGAAUCUUCACUUCAAAAUCUGUUUUUGUUGACAUGUGUUUCGAGUGGAGUAGGUGAUUUGGAUUAAAAACAUUGUUCCUGAUUCUAUUGGAUGUGCUAAGAGGCUGUGGCUAGACAUACGAUAUGGAUAGCACAAGCAUUUUGUCGAGGAGUGGCAUUUUCCGCUCACGGAAAAGACUGUUUUCAUUUAGUCUGGUAGCCGUGACCUUAACGUUAGGAUUAAUUAUGCUCGGGGGACAGCGGCCGCAAGGGUUGUACAAAAUACACAAAUCGUUGGAGUCCGGCGCCAGGUACAAGCCAACUCCAGAGUCGCCUAAGGGUAAGAAUGACGUCAUCAAUUUGUACACUGAAAACGUCAUUACCUUUUUGCAGAACAUUACAGGAGCUAAACGCACUUCGCCGAUAGAGGUCGCUACGCAGGAGCUGAAUUGGCUCCACGGGGAUGUGACGUUACCAGAACAAGCAUACUCUGAUAUUGAGCCACAUAACGCGAGCAAUGCUUCAUACGCCAAUCAAACAAAUGCCACAGUAAUACCUCGAAAGGCAGUCAAUGAGCAAUGCGCUAAAUGCUGCUACAGCUACACCCCUAUCGAGAAAGGAAUUGCAGAAGUGUUUCCAGACUAUGCCCUUAAAGAGAAAGGCUGCGAAAAAAGACUACCAGACGCUAUGAUAUUUGGCGUUAAAAAAGGCGGCACCACCACUUUAAAAAACUUUGUUAGCUACCAUCCGGAUAUCGCGUUCACCCCUAAAGAGUUGAAGUUUUUCACGUCGAGCACUGAAUUCAAAAAAGGAUUGGAGUAUUACAGAAGUCAGAUGACCUACUCGACGCCAGAGCAGAUCUCAAUGGAGAAGACCCCGGCUUACUACCAUUACCCUAAAACCCCUUCGCUGAUAAGCAAGACGCUACCGAACGUCAAGUUGAUACUUAUCAUGCGGGAUCCCAUUGAGAGAGCCGUGUCAGACUUUGUCCACUUACAAGUCACCAUUGCCAAGAAGUGCCCAUAUUUACUGUCCUCAAACGCCACUGGCAUGGAACUCCUUGACCUUAUUAAUGGAUGUACAAAGAACAGCGGCUAUUUCAUGGCUGAUACCUUUGAGAAGUCGAUCAUUAACUCGGACGGUGAGAUCAGGUCAUCCAAUCAGCUCAUCGCUAAGGGUGUGUACGUCAGAGACAUACGGAGGUAUCUAAAGUACUUUAAGAAAGAGCAGAUACUUGCGCUUGAUGGAGAGGCCUUUAUAAAUGAUCCUUACCCCACCGUCAAGAAAGUAGAGAGCUUUCUUGGCAUCAGGGAUUACUUCACCAGAGAAUAUUUCUACUUCGACGUUCAGAAGGGUUUCUUCUGUCUCACCGAGCCGAUACCAAACAACUGCAUGAGCGCGUCGAAAGGGCGCCCUCAUCCGGAAAUACAAGACGCCGUUUUGGAGAAACUCAAGGAUUAUUACCGGCCAUACAAUAAGGCCUUAGCUCUGCUCAUGGGUGUUGAUCUGCAGUGGUCUUCUUAAUGAGAAAACUUUCUACGCAAAACACUAUUAAAUUGUAAGACCUUAUUUAUUGGGUAACACUAAGGGUAUACAUUGUACAAAGUUGGUAAGACACUACUCUAUAUUAUUGCAAAGGUCGUGGGUUCGAAUCCCACCCGUGUAAUAUGCCUGUGAUAUUGUUGUUGACAGAGCUCAAGAAAGUACUGACUAUAAAGUAUACAGUGGUUACACACAUCGGUAUAGUGUAGGGUGGGUAAAACCAACAUUAAUAUUCUUUAACCCCAACGCAAAUUUCCACCUAUUCUGCGAGUUUCUUCCAUGUACAGAUCAGUCAAUUAUUGUCCCCACCGAUUCUUCACCCACCAUUUCACCGAUUAAAAAGUAAGUUCAAAGAUGGAGUGCACAUGACGUCAUUGGUCGCCAUCUUUGAUGAAAAACAAAGAAGAGUGCAUGCUAGCGACCUCAGCCAAUACAAAAAGUUCACUUGUGCAGUGCACUAUGACACGUUUUAUACAGGGGUCUUUUGCCAGACAUAAAACGGAUUAAUUUGUUUGACAGAGACCCAGAUCUCAAUUUAUUUCGAGUUUGUUUCGGAUCACAUUCGAGUUCAACUGGAUAACUUCCGUGGUGGGUUUUUGAAAUCAAAGAUGGCGGCGGCGGACGUCGCUAUUGGCUUUGGCUUGGGCUUCGGCUUCAGGCUCCGGCAUCUUGUUUGAAGCCCUGCGCAUAAUUUUCAUGACAACCGCGGACCAAGCUAGUCUGAGCUGAAUCUGGAGCUAAAAGCCGUGGUUUCGAAAAGGGCCAUAGUAAAUCAUUCUGUUCACAAUGUGCAGAAAAAUUUUGGUUAGUUAUACACAUUUCACUCUCUUUGGUUUGGUUUGUUUAAUAUUCAAAAUAUUAUUUACUGAGGAUGCUGCUUUUAUUGACUGUUGUCUUAAAGGCUAAAAUAUACUUUUGUUAAUUGCACUAAUUUAAAGAACCCAAUUCUUGUCUCGUACAUUGACUUGCUUGAUCACAAGGUACUGCUUAAAUUUGAUAUCCUCAGACUAUUGAGACAGUUGCUACGUCACAUGAUUAGGGGCAAGCUUUUGCGUAUUAAGAUUGUGAAAACCACACAAAAUUAUGAAUGAAUUUGCAUGAAACACAUAUAAAAAUUAUAACAAAUCUGUGCAAAUUUGGACUCAAUCGGUCAUCUAUGUUGCGAGAUAACAAUGUUGCCAAUG